UCGCCUCCCGCGCGUCGUCUGCUGCGCCCGAGGGAAGGAAGAUGGCUGGGCGGCUGAGCUGGUCUGCGGUUAAUGUUGCUAAUGUUGCCAGGAGGAGCUUGGGGUUGCAGCUGCGAGGGGGGAGGAGUCGAGCCCAGCUGAUUCAUUCUAGGACCUUGUCCUCGGCCCUUGGAGAGGAGCAGCCAAAUUUCCCGGGAUCGAGAUCAAAAUGGACGGAGAAGCUAGAGUUCGUUCAGCCAGAUCUCUACGACGGAAUUCCUGUCUAUCGCGUCAUGAACAGGAAAGGAGAGGUUAUCGACCCUGCUUAUGACCCAAAGGUUUGUAUCUCAGGUGUGCUCAUGUGGCGAGGUUUUCCACUCGAUCGCUUCAUGAACCAGUGCUAUGGCAACGAGGCCGACAUAGGAAAGGGUCGCCAAAUGCCCGUCCAUUAUGGUUCGACAGAACAUAAAUUUGUCACCAUUUCAUCCCCACUAGCAACACAGAUGCCUCAGGCUGUCGGAACGGCGUACGCAUUCAAAAGAGCUCAAAAUGGAUUGUGCGUUAUAUGCUAUUUUGGUGAAGGGACUUCCAGUGAAGGUGAUGCACAUGCAGCCUUCAAUUUCUCUGCAACUUUAGAUUGCCCAAUCAUAUUCUUCUGUCGCAACAACGGCUAUGCCAUAUCAACCCCUACAAGUGAACAGUAUCGCGGAGACGGCGUUGCAGCGCGCGGACCAGCAUACGGCAUGGCAACUAUCCGUGUUGAUGGCAAUGAUGUCUUUGCUGUGUAUAAUGCCACCAAAGCUGCAAGACACCUGGCUGUUACAGAGAAUCGUCCAGUGCUCAUUGAAGCUAUGACUUAUAGGAUUGGUCACCACAGCACAUCAGACGACAGCUCAGCCUACCGUUCCGUGGAUGAGGUACGUCACUGGGACUCCACACAACACCCUAUUGCCCGUCUUCGUGCUCACCUAGUGCAGCAAGGCUAUUGGGAUGAAGCCCAAGAAAAGCAGUGGAAAGAUGAUUGCAAACGCCAGGUGAUGCAGGCAUUUGCUCGAGCUGAGAGGAGACAAAAACCAGGAUGGAAAGCUCUGUUUACUGAUGUUUAUGACAACAUGCCCGAGCACCUCCAAGAACAGUAUGAAUACAUGAGGUCCCAUGUCGAAGAAUAUGAAGACCACUACCCAACCAAGCAUUUUGCAAAAGAUUAGAAGUUAUCAGAAAUGGAGGAAUCGAGUUUCAGUUUUGACACUUUUUUUUUCUUGCUGAAGGUUAUGCAAUGUGUAUUUCAUGUAUUGAAUUGCACAGGGGAGAUAUAGAUGCAAAUAACUUACUUUUGUGAACUCCUUACACCUGAUGAUAAGUGUUGGUAGAAGUAUAGGUACUUUUGGAAGGGAUUCUUAGGUAGAGAUAACGUUGGAUCCGGUGUAUUACUUGGCUUUGUUUAAUACGAUGAAACUUGGCUUUGUUGAAUCAUUAAUGUGACAAAAAUGUAGAUGUCAACUAGUUAGGGCCGUAGCAUCAUUCGUGUAGUUAGUUGUCACCAAAUUAUUUUUCACUGCAUUAUAUUUUCGAAGAGACAUGCAGUUGUUAUUUUGCUCUAUUAUGAUAAAGAUAUUUUAAUGAAUUCACAAUAAUUCUUCAAAUUUUUUUAUGUAUCUCAUAUUAGGUCUUCUUUGGUUAGUACAGUUUGUUUCUGACAGACAUUGAGGUUAAUUCAUACUUUAUUCAUUUUUAUUCUUCCAAUUCUUUUAAAUGGAAGUCAUUCAGCAACAUCUUAUAAUCUGUAAUGCAUUGUAGAAUCUUCUGUCCAUAGUUCUCAAAAGAGUUUUUAGAUGUUAGUUUGAUACCAUGUUUUAUAAAGCAGGCAGUCUUUAAGUAAAAUGGUGUUUGAAAGUAGGUUGGGUAAUGAAUGUACUAAUUCCAAAUUGUGGUGAUAAUAGUAUAGUUGGAAUUAAUCAGAAUUUUUCAGAGUAGAUGCAAAAUAUUUUUGUUUAAAAUACAUACCAGAAAAAAGAA